AAGGAAAUGUUUAUUAUUACAUUAAUUACGUCAGCGUUGGGUUUGAGAUUCUAAUCUUAAAGUUUUUAUGAUUUUAUCAAUUCUCAACAAUCAACAUGGAUUUCUGGACAUAAUGAGAGAUGGGAAUAAUUUAAUGAAGCAACAUUAAAGACUUAGAUGGGAACAUUUUUAGAUGAACCUGAAUUUAUGAAAUUAUAAUAAAAGUAGGAAGAGGAAUUACAAAAUUUGGAGAUCCCAGAGAAUUUUGAUUCUAGAGAAUAAUGGCCAAAUUGUGAAUCAAUAAAAGAGGUUAGAGAUUAAUCUACAUGUGGUUCAUGUUGGGCAUUUGGAGCAGCAGAAGCAAUGAGUGAUAGAUUAUGUAUAGCAACAGGGAAAUAGACAAGAAUAUCAACAGAAGAUUUACUAACAUGUUGUGGAAUAACAUGUGGUAUGGGAUGUAAUGGUGGAUUUCCAAGUGGAGCAUGGAAUUAUUUUAAAAAUAAAGGAUUAGUAACAGGUGAUCUAUAUAAUGAUAAUUAAUGGUGUAGACCAUAUACAUUUCCACCAUGUGAUCAUCAUGUUGAUGAUGGAAAAUAUGGUCCAUGUGGUGAUUCAUAACCAACACCUGCAUGUAUUAAAUCAUGCACAACUUAAUCAGGAAGAAAUUAUGAUUCAGAUAAAAUAAGAUCAGUUGAUUCAUAUUCAGUAUCAUCUAAAGUUGAAUAAAUUUAGAAUGAAAUUAUGACAUAUGGUCCUGUUGAAGUAAUAUAUUUAUCAUAUUAUAAUUAUAGGCAUCAUUUACAGUAUAUGAAGAUUUCUUAACUUAUAAAUCUGGUGUUUAUUAACAUGUUACUGGAGCUAGUCUUGGAGGACAUGCUGUUAAAAUUAUUGGAUGGGGUAUUGAAAAUAAUGUACCAUAUUGGUUGGUUGUUAAUUCAUGGAAUGAAGGAUGGGGAGAAAAUGGAUUAUUUAAAAUACUUAGAGGAUCAAACCAUGUUGGUAUUGAAGGUGGAAUUAAUGCUGGUAGAUUAAUUUGA